AUGGGAGAUCUGCCCAAAGAUCGGACUCUCUUCGAAAGACCAUUUAAACAUGCAGGCAUAGACUUUUGUGGACCAUUUUUUAUCAAAAAGAAAAAAUAUCGAAAUCGUGUGAAAGUAAAAAUCUAUGCAGCUGUUUUCGUUUGUUUCGUCACCAAGGCAGUGCACAUAGAAAUUGUCAGCGACCUGACUUCCGAAGCCUUUUUAGCUUGCCUAAGGACAUUCUUUGCUAGACGCAGAAAAAGCUCUGAUCUAUAUUCAGAUAACGCUACUAACUUCAAGGGUGCAAAACGCGAAAUCGAUGAGCUUUAUCAAUUUCUGAAAAAUCAAAGAAAUAUCGACGAAAUCGCCCAGCAUCUUGCUAAUCGCGAUCGAGUUGCUUGGCAUUUCAUUCCCCCGCGUUCACCUCAUUUUGGCGGACUCUGGGAAGCCGCAGUCAAAUCUUUUAAACAUCAUUUUACGCGUGCCAUCGAUGGAAGAGUUUUAACCUAUGAAGAAUUCACGACAUUCGCAACCGAAGUAGAGGGCAUUCUGAACUCUAGACCUAUAACACCUGUGCCUUCCGAUCCUAACGACUUUAUCGCUCUUACUCCUGGUCACUUUUCCUGGUCCCAGCACUUUUGGGCUCGGUGGAAAAGAGAUUAUCUCCACGAGAUGACUGUACGCAAAAAAUAG